AUGAAGGACUACUUGAUAUAUUUCGCUCAAGCGUACCCCAACUUCAGAAGGGCAGAGUUGGAAUCAUUAGCUGCUUACCAUGGCAUUUCCAUAGACUUAUCUCAUCACGAUGAGAAGAAUCCAUUUUUGAUUGUGAAAUUGGAAAACGAUGAGCAGGCCCGCAAAAUCAUGGCAAGAUCCAUAUUAGGUAGAGGAAUAUACGAGUUAUGGGGCCAGGGAAAGAACCUAGAGGAAUUACACGAAGAUGUUAAACAACGGUCGAGUGACAGGUUUGAUGAGUACAAAAAAAUGUCUUUUAAAUUCGACUUCAUUGGGUAUAUGGGGAAGAGAACCACCAAGGAGAAAUUCGAAAUGAUCGAAUCGUUCUCGUAUUUGGCAUUUGAAGGUCCGAUUAGAAUGAAAAAUCCCGACGAAAUCUUCGAUGUGCUAGAAGAAUAUCAUGUUCAUGGGACCGAGAAAGCUACCACUCCUAUCAACAUGUGGUUUGGAAGACAGAUCCAAUUGAGUGCAAGAACAGAGAACAUCUUAGAUAAAUACGAUUUGAGACGCAGAAAGUACAUCGGAACCACCUCAUUUGAUGCCGAAUUGUCUUUAGUCAGUUGUAACAUAGCACAAGUUGGACCAGGAAAAAUAACAUACGAUCCAUUUACAGGUACUGGUUCUUUUUUGGUUGCCGCAGCUAACUUUGGCGGAUUACCCAUUGGAUCGGAUAUUGAUGUACGUAUAUUGAGAGGUAAGAAUGAUAAGUGCAAUAUCAAUGCCAACUUCAAACAAUACGGCACCACUUUGAAUUUCUUGGACAUUUUGACCAUGGAUUUCACCAAUAAUGCAUUCCGUUCGGAUUUAAAGAUCGACACCAUAGUCUGCGAUCCUCCAUACGGCGUCAGAGAAGGUUUAAAGGUUUGUGGUGCUAAGGACCCGGAAAAAGCUGCUGGUAGGGAAAACGUGGUUAUAGACGGAGAAAAAGCACAUUUAAGGAAAGACUUCAUCCAACCUAAGAAACCAUACGAGUUGUCGAAUUUAUUAGAUGAUUUAUUACAUUUCGCUGCCAAUAGAUUGCCGGUGGACGGCAGACUCGCAUUCUGGAUGCCUACGGCAAACGAUGAUUUUGAACCCAACUUAAUUCCCCAGCACGAAAAUUUGGAACUCAUAUAUAAUUUAGAGCAGGAAUUCAAUAAGUGGUCUAGAAGACUAUUGGUUUACGUUAGAAGAGAUGACGAUUUUAAGGGUGAGACGUCGAACGGGUUGAGAGCAAACCAAAUCAAAAAUUUCAGAGACCGUUAUUUCAAGGGGUUCAGUCAAAAAUCUAAAUAG